GUUAAAAGAGUAAUUUAAUUGGUCUGGAGGACUUUCUUCAUUGAAUUACCGAUUUGGGUGCAAUAAUUCGAAGGAUUUCGACAUUUUCCCUCGAAAACUUGUACUGAAUCAUCGUUAUGGCUCCAACAUCUCGACGUAGGAGCAGAAAAGCGGAGACAAUGAAAGUGGAUGAUGCAUCACCACCAAUAGGCCCAGGGCCAGUUCAAAGCUCAAACUCAUCCUCUUCUGAGGCUACCCCUCCCAACUCUUCCUCAAGCCCUGCUGACCCUCCCCCGCCCUCCCCAAGUUCCCGAAGAUCCCUCCGUCCUCGUCAGCCACGCCGAAAUCCCCCAAUCCCCGAGCUCGACACAUCAGACUCGAACCCAGAAGACAAUUUCCUCCCCCCUCGUUCCAGAUCCAAGCCCUCCCGUCGCCGUCCCUCCCCAGCUCCCAACCCCCUCCAGAACAAAGACUCUCUCUUCAACCUCAUGAAGUCGCCUUCCAUCGACACCCAAGCAGUCGCCUCCGAGUGGAUCGACCGCUACAAGACAGAUCGCUCAUCAGCGACAGCAGAGCUCCUAGAGUUCUUCCUAAGCAGCGCUGGUUCCUCCCUCACCAUAACCCCAGAAAUGCUCGUCGAUUUCAACGACAUCACCAAGGAGAUGAUCCUGGAAGCCUGCCAAGACAACCCCAAAGUCUUCCCAUUGACCACAAAAACCUCCACCUGGAAGACCUUCACCUCGAACUUCCUCGAGUUCCUCCGAGUCCUCUUUCUCCAGUGCCAGAACUCCAUAAUCUACGACGGCUUCCUCCUGGAGAGUAUCACCCAACCCCUGACCUUCUUCUCCUGCGUUCCCCUGGGACACCUGCGUUACACCUCAACUCUGAUCCUCCUCAAACUAACAACAAUCCUCGAAGAGAUCGACACCAACGUUCGAUCCAUAAUCGAAAAAAACAGGCGUCAGCUUCACUCAGAAAUGAAGAGACCUCCACCAGAGAGAUCCCUCGGCAGGAUCGAAGCCCUAGACCUCACGAGGACAGAACUCCAGGAGAAUCGAGACGUCCUCAGCGCAUCAAUCCUCAACAUCUCCAGCAAUCUCUUCUCCCCGCGAUGCAAAGACAACCUCCUGGGCAUUCGCCUCAUCUCCAUCGAGGAACUCGCUAAAUUGCUGGAUAAAAAACCCAUAAAGUACAUCGGCCACUUGAAGCACAUCGGCUACGGUCUCUCAGACGUGAUCCCAGAGGUCAGACUGAGAUGUGCAAAGGUCCUCCAAUCGGUCUACCAGUCAGAAGACCUGAAGUUCAAACUCGGUGACUUCAACGAUAAGUUCAAGCACCGCUUCGCGAUAAUGGGUCGCGACAGGUACAAAUCCGUUGGUGUCGAGGCGGUCAAACUCAUGAAGAUCAUCUACCAGAAUCACAAGGAGAUCCUGAGCAACGACGAUUACGAACUCAUCUAUGAUUUGGUUUACAACAAGCACAGGGAGUUGGCGCAGGUGGCUGGGGAAUUCGUGAAGGCAGUUUGCAGCGAUGAUGACUCCAGUCCCCAGGAUGGUGACAGUUCAAAUGACUCAGUUAUGGGGGGACUGGUAGCAUUCUUCGCAGAGUCAGAGCGUCCACAUCAUGCUGUCUACCUGGUGGACGCUCUCAUCGAUGAUAACGAGUUCAUGCAGGACUGGGGGUGCAUGACGAAUCUGCUUCUCCACGGGGAUCUUGACGACGCCACCAUUGUCAAUCUGGUGAAGAUAAUGGUAGCGUCGGUGCAGCAAUCAGCCACUGGGGAGAGUCCCUAUGGGCGAGCACGACAAAAGCCACUGACAAUGGGAGAACAACGAGAAACGUCUGCUCGCAAGGAGAAGUUAACUGAGCACUUCAUCCAGAAUCUUCCACGUCUCCUCGGCAGUUUCAAUAACGAGCCUGAGGUGGCAACACACCUCCUGAUGAUUCCUCAGUACUUCUACCUCGACAUGUACGUCAAGUCCCACGAGGAGAGGAGAUUAACAGAUCUGCUGGACGAGAUUAGGAUCAUCAUCGAUAAGACAAGUGACAGCUGCACCUUGAGGGAAGCGUCAAAGACCCUGGAGUGGCUCUGCUCCGAGCGCCACCCCAAGUCGUCGCAGUGCAAAACAGAGACAGACAACAUCCUCUCGAGGAUAAUCAAGGAUUACGAGAUUGCUAUGGACGAUUACCAGAGUGUUAUCGCAGGCGAGCCGACACCUCACGACGAUGAGACCACAAAUGUCGUGGAGACGCUCAAGAAAAUCGGUAUUUUCUCCCAGUGUCAUGACCUGAACCUCGAAACUUCGGUGUUUGAGUCCAUUCUUGAGGUCAUCGACUCGUGCAGAGAACCUGCAAGUGAUCUUGAGGAGGGGUUCAGACACGCCGCCUGGGCUGUCUUCCAGUCCAUCGUCUGGUGGAAGUAUCGCUUGAGUUCAGGGGAAGCACUCGGGGAUCGAGAGGAGGAGGAAGUUCGGAGGCUCAGGGACGUGACCGUCAAGUUCGUCCAGGACAUGAAGUUCUUCCUGGUGACUGAGAACAACAUCUCUCCGGGAAUUCGUGCUGACGCUUUCAGGAUCAUCUGUGAUCUUCUGAUCCCAGUCUGUGAGGGUUUGUUUGAUGUGCCCAAUCCUCUUCGUCAUGAGGUCAUCUACGAGCCUGAUGAGGACCUGGGGAACACUCUCAAUGAUUUCUUGCAGGAAUAUGUCUUCGUCCAGGAUGACUCUGACUCCAUCGAUUUCUGCAGGAGGAGGAACUUGCUGAUGGCUUUCUGUAAACUCAUCAUUUGCAAGGUUUUCAAGAUGAAGAUGGCUGUUGGCGUCUUCAAGCAUUACGACGCGUUUUACAAUGACUAUGGGGACAUCAUCAAGAUGUGCCUGAUGACGGCGAAGGAGAUCAACUUGCACAGUUGGGCGCUCACAAUUGGCGAAUGCCUGGCUAGUCUCUACGAAGAGGCUAGAAACGGGGAAGGGGAUGGUGUCGACCCUGAGGACAUGUUGAAGAUUAUUACCCUAGCGAAGAAAUUCGCAAUGGCUCUGGGGAUCAACACGACGAGGAUUCAGGAGGAGAUCGCUGCGAUACACUUCAAGGGGAUUGAUUUUGUCGUGAAGGUGCCUGCUGGGGAAAUUGAGAAUACUCAAGUGCCCCCGAAGAUUGGGUACUUGGAGGUGCUCGUGGAGUUCUCAGGGAAGUUGUUGAAGGAGAAGAAGGGUGCUGUGCUGAAGGUGCUGGACACCAAACUGCUGGCAGGGGUGGAAGCACGAGGAAUUGAGUGGCAGCCACUGAUCAAGUACAGGACGAGUUUGAAUGCCAGGAAAGGGGGCAGGAGGGACUCUCGAGUGAGGGAGGGUGAGGGGAGUGCAGGUCGAGGGGGGCAGAGGAGGAAGACCCCGAGGAAGCCUCCUCUGGAUGUGACGAGGGUCAAGGGACCCAGGGCAAGAGCUCCAGGAGAUGAAGCUGAAGCUGAAGAGAGUGCUCAGAGUGUCUCUCGGUACAUCAACGAGAGGCUGAGGAGGGCUGACGAGAAUGAGAGGAAUGAGGAGAAUCGGAGGAAUGAAGGGGCUGGGAGUGCAGCUGGUGGAUCGAUAGCUGAGCCGAUGGACGUAGACGAUCCACUCGCAGAAUCCGGUUCCGAUCAGUUGGAAGAGUGAGGGGUUCAGCUGUGAGGAAAGUUAUGACAUUGAUUCUAAUUUUUUACAGGACUUCAUCGUAGUUGGUAGAUCGUGGGUGAUGGUUUUGAUAGAAUUUUUCUGAAUUUCUUUUCCAAGUUAUGGAACUGUAUUAUGAGCUCGAAUGAUAUCGCAGUCUCGGGCUAAAGGAAAAAUUGUCGUAAGAGCUCGUGGAUAACCAGUGACUUGAGUGUGAAUAACUUGUAAAUUAAAUCUAAAGAAAUUCUGGAAAAAUUGUUACAUAAUCCAACUAUUAUUAUAAACGUUCUUCGUGAAUUUCAAAUUAAUAUCAUCAUUCAUCGUUUUUGAAUGGAGUACCUUAUAAAAAUGAUGACAUUGAUUCGAAAUUUGUGUAAACCUUUCAUCGUUGUUACUAGAUUAUGUUCAAUUCUGUUAAGAAUUUUUCUGGAGUUCUUUUUCAAAUUAUAAAUAAUCUAAGUUAUUUCUCAUGCAUAGGGCAUUAGGGAAAUGUAUCCAGUCAACACGAAUCUUUAUUAUCAGAUCAAAUAAUACAGUUUCGGGCUAGAUGAAAAACUCACUAUUAGAGCCCAUGUAUAAUAUACGACUUUGAUUGUGAUUAACUUGGAAAUAAAAUCUUUAAAAAUCCUGUAAAAAUUCACAGGUAAUUCAAGUGUCCAAACAUCCUAGAAAAAUUGAUAGAUUCAACAUCCUAUUUAAAUUUCAGAUUAAUGUCAUCAUUCAUCUCCUUAGAAUGGAGUUACUUAAAAAAUUGGUCAGGAUAAUUUAACAGAAAGAGGGAAGAUUUAGAUGCAUUAUUCUUUCCAUUUCGUUGUUUCUUCAUAAAUGUUCAUUUACUCAUCA